CGACCACACUGCGUUUCAACAAAAGUAUAAGACCGACGGUCGGCACACAUUUUCAAUAUUGUUCGUUAUUUCGCUUCGACUUGUGUAAUAUUAAUGCGGUGUCAACUCGUAAACAGAAUGCUGUGCCACUAUAAAACGCAUAAACUUUGAUAUCGCCCAAUUUUUCGGAUGCGGCACGGAUUCAAACAGUCUGACGCUGGCCCCUUUGGUCGCUGUUGGUGAAUCUCUAUAUCCCAGUAGUCGUCGGCUUUCCGCAACUGCAGUGUCCCGCGCAAUCGCUGGGCAUGAUUAUCCACGCGAGUUCGGCUUUUUGAAUUGCAGAGCGCAAAGUCUGUGAGGCCAAGGAUUGACUUUCCCCUCCCCACCUAGAAGACAGCAUCGAGUCCUCGCAGGAGCAGCAACGACCACUGCUCCCAUUUCGCAUAACCUAAAAAGGCACGUGCACCGUGUGCCAGCUGCGACGUAGAAGAGUUUUCUGCGUGCCACCACACACAGUCAGUCGGUUCCUCUCCGACAGAAUACCGAAGACAUGGCCACGACAGCCGACCAACUACCACCUGCCGCCACACUCCUCAACGGACAGCAGUCAAUGAUGGCCACCAGCAAUGGCCAGGAGCAGCAGCAGGAGAAGGAACAAGAGCAGCAGGUUGUGAUCAGCAAGUCCACCUCACCGAAGCCCGGAGCCAUGCCCAGCCUCAAGUUGAUCAAAAUGGGCUCCGUGUCCCAGAAGGAGAAGCGUGUGUACAAGAUUGUCCUUACUGGCGGGCCCUGUGGCGGCAAGACGACGGGCCAGUCCCGAUUGUGCACCUUCUUCGAGAACCUUGGAUGGAAGGUAUUCCGCGUGCCUGAAACGGCCACUGUUUUACUCAGUGGCGGCGUGAAGUUCUCCGACCUGACCGAAAAAGAGGACCCGCCCACGCCAACCACGUUCGUUUACAAAGAUCUGCCCUUCGCCGCUCCGGAGCACAGUCUCAUCGAUCUAACCGCAUCCUGUCCGCGCUGCUUGGCCAAGGCUGCCUCCCGGCCGAAUGGCAGCGAAGCCUACAAGUUCCAGGAGAACCUGAUCCGCACCAUGGUGCAAAUUGAGAACACCUACUUUGAGCUCGGCAACUCGAGCACCCGCAACUGUCUGAUAAUCUGCGAUCGCGGCGUUAUGGAUGCCAGUGCCUAUAUAUCGAAGGACAAGUGGGAGAAGAUGAUGGCGGGCAACAAAUGGAAUCCCGUGGAGAUGCGUGACAAUCGCUACAACCAGAUCCUUCACUUGGUUUCGGCUGCCAACGGUGCCGAGGACUUUUACUCCACAGAGGACCACGCCUGCCGCUCCGAGGGCGUUGAUCUGGCCAGGGAACUGGACUACAAAUCGGCUGCCGCCUGGGUGGGCCAUCCCUACUUCGAUGUGAUUGACAACUCCACCAACUUUGAGGCGAAGAUGAAUCGCAUGAUUGAGUCGGUAUGCCAGAAACUUGGCAUUGAUAUUGGCGAUCGUUUGCAGGCCACGUCGCGCAAGCUGAAAUAUCUGGUUGCCGCCUUGCCCGCCGACAGCGAGUUUCCGCCCUUCCAGGACUUUGAUGUGGUGCAUCAUUAUCUGCAAUCCGCCGGGCCCAAGGUGCAGGCACGCCUACGCAAGCGCGGGCAAAAGAACCACUGGAGCUACAUUCACACACAGAGGCGUCCCAACGUCCACGGGCAGGCCCGUAUCGAGGUGAAGACCCAGCUGACGCAUCGCGACUACAUGAACCUGCUGGCGCAGCGCGACGAUGCCCACUUUACCAUCUACAAGAAGCGACGCUGCUUCCUCAUCAACAACCAAUAUUUCCAGCUGGACAUUUACAAGGAGCCCGGCCAUCCACGCUGCAAGGGACUGGUGCUGCUGGAGACAUAUUCAUCGCUCACCGGGGACGCCCUGAAAAACUGCAUGCCCAAGUUCCUGAAUAUUGUCAAGGAGGUGACCGGCGAUCCGGACUACUCCAUGUUCAAUCUCUCCCUGAAGGAGGACUGGAGCAUCUCCAAGAAGUUCUGCCGCACGGCGACGCACGCUAACGGAGUGUCGAGCACGCCGCUGGUCCUCAAUGGCCAGUAGUAGGCUUCGGAACUGUCCCUGAAUCUCUUUUGCACACGCAUUAUGUUACACGACAGAUAAGCAACACAACACCAAUGACCUGGCAACAAAAUGUACAAAAACGAAAGCGAAACAGAAGAAGACCCCAAAUGAAGGGUGCUCUGAUUUACACACACCCCCCCACAAAUAUUGUUACUUAUUUGCGUACUUAGCCGCCCCAGGAGGAUGAUGAUGAUGGAGGAGGAACUGUAAUCGAUGCCCGUACUUAAUUUUCUUGUCAUUUGUUUGAUCGUGUUAAUUUUGUAAGCCAUAAAGCCUAGAUCCUACCACACUUUGUAUGUAAAUCCAUCGAUGAUGACGUUUUUCUGUGUGUCUUUUGGAGAAAUUGUGAACCCGAUACUUUUAAUUCUAAGUCUAAGCUAAAAAAGAAAAGUAAAUAAGAUUAAAAAAAACUACAAGACCACCAAAA